AUGCUUUUAGUUCUCUUAGCUCUUACUACAACAAUCCCAUCGACAUGGCUAGGCACACCUAUUGUUGUGCAAAAGCUAGGACCAGUAGUGACUGGCCGUCAAUAUUAUACAAACUUAACCCUUGAACAAAGUCCCUGUCAACUUGAUUUACCCUUCUGCCUUGGAGUACCCACAGAGCCACGCUCGCUACAGAUCAACCAGUUGCGUCGCAGCACUGAUCGCUUUAAUCGCACCAGACCGGUGAUUGAGCUGUCGUGGGAUACACCAAGUGAGAUGCAUGGUGAACUUCAAGGCUAUGAGGUCGCCUUUGAAGCAAUUGGAUAUCCGACGACAGUUUCCGGAGUUGGGGGUGAUGAAAAGGUGAAUCUGGAAGGGAGCACGGACUGUAGAGGUGAGGGCUCUCUAGUUCACCCUCGCAUAAUGAGAAACCUGACUGAGAUGUCCUACACCUCGAAGCCAGAAGAUGCGUUGCGUAAGUGUUCUCCCAAACUGUUUGUUGCCAAACGAUGGAAAAAUAUUUUCCUUAAUGUUGCAAAUGAUACUAAAAAGCUGAUCUACUAUUAA